UAAUAAAUAUUUUGUUCUUUUUGGCUAUUUUGGAAUCCGAUCCAAUUAUCGAUUAUUGUACAGUAUGUAAGAAACAUACCACUGAACACACAAUGUGCAAAUAUGGACCAGAAUGUCCACUUGCUCAAAUAUGCCAAGGGACACCACAGUUUGCACUAAACGAAACUGAAAUUGCAAUCAUAAUUGACACACAUAAUAAAAUUCGCAACAAAGUAGCGCUGGGUCGAACAGCAGGUGUUCCAAAAGCUGCAGAUAUGUGUCAACUUGAAUGGAAUAAUGAACUCGCAGCCAUUGCACAAUGUUGGGCAAAUCAAUGUGAAUUUAAGCAUGAUGUAUGCCGUGAUAUUAAGAAAGGUUGGGUUGGUCAAAAUAUUGCACGUCACGGAAAUGUACAACAAAGUGCAAUGGCUGACAGAAUAACAUGGUCAAAAUUAAUGGGUAAAUGGUAUGAUGAAUAUAAAAAUUUUAAAAACGGUAAUUAUGCAAAAUUUGCUGCACCUGAACCAAAAAGUGGACCAACAGGUCAUUUCACACAAUUAGUCUGGGGAAAAACACAAUAUAUUGGGUGUGGUAGAACUUUUUAUAGAGAUGUGAUUGAUAAUCGUCAUUAUUUUAUUAUUCUUCUUGUUUGUAAUUAUUUUCCUGGAGGAAACACACUUACUUUACCAAUAUACACAGUUGGAAAACCUGUUACAAAAUGUCCAGUUGGAACAGCUGUUAGUGAUGAGUACAAAGGAUUAUGUAAAGCAAAUUCUUGAUGAUUACCAUGGAAACAUUUGGAACAUAAAUACCCUU